UUUAUAUUUCCCCUUCCCCCUGCCAUGAUGAAAGGUUUAUUCAGAGGCCUGCGUUGCAUAUUUGAUGCAGAUAAUGAAAAAGAACCAGAAAUUCAGAUUGGUAAUCCAACCGAUGUUAAACAUGUUGCCCACAUUGGGUGCGAUGGUCCUUCCACCCCUGCACCAAGUUGGAUGAACGAGUAUCAAGGUGGUUCCGAGUCUCAAUCUGGUGAAACUGGAUCUAAAGGUAACUUUAUAAUCAGAAAGUGUGUUUUUUUUUUUUGUGUGAUUUUGAAGCCUGUGUUUAUUAUGGAGUUUUGGAAAUUCUAGAUCCUUUGCCAUCCACCGGUGGUCCUUCCCCUAGCCGCCCUGCAAAGACAAAGCAAUCCAGGCGGCAGGCGGCUAGUUCCUCACCAGGGAUGGAGUCACCUAAUAUGAAUCCGAAGCCCAGGAAGAGCAAGAACAUCAAUGUUGAUUCUUCUUCUUCUACAGCCAAUGAAACCAGUAGUCGAACGAGGAGGAUCAAGAACUCAAUCCUUGGAUCAGAGUCACCAGCACAAGAAACGAAUGCGAGAAGGACCAGA